AAAUAGUAAAUCAGGGGUAACAAGUACUUUCCUUGGGAAGGGUGUAUUUUUGUCUCUAUACUUUCGCAAUGAUUAACGGGCAAAAACUGUUUGUUUAUAGAUUUAUACGUUACAAGUAACACAUUAAAAAAUAUGAAAUCUUAAAAAAACAAGUGAUGAGAACAGUAUGCCGAAUAAUACCGGUGGAAGUCUCGUUCAUCUCGGUUUACUUUAUCGAUGAAAUUAUACUUCAUAUAAUUGUUUUUUUCAAUUCAUAUAAUUGACUUUCAUAUAAAUGAUUAGUAUAUUUAACAAUGUUUAUAUUCCAUUCAUGCUUUAAAUAGCUAUAAAAACAACGUACUUUCAACAAUUUUUGUAACUUGACACGUUUCUUAUGGUUGAGUCUUUCAAAACUUUUGAAUGUAACCAACGUGUAAUUCCAAAAAGAUGAAACGAUUAAAAAGUGAAUUAAUUAAUGCGACAAUUGAGUCAUAUUUGAAACGACGUCACUAUCAGGCAGGCUACAUUCUUAAUUUUAUUUCAAGAAAUACUAGUGAAGUAUUUUGUAAAACUAAUCAGAUACAUUGUCGAACAAGUGAUGAAAUGACUCUGAAUGCAACUGCCACCUCUGCUACAUCUCAAGACAACUCUAUUAUUUUUAGUGCUAUUAGUAUUGAUGUAGCUGCUGCAGAGCAAGCGUAUCAACGAUUAAAGAUGUGGGUAAAUAUUGCACUCAACGAUAAAUUGAAAAUGGAAUUAAAGGGGCUUUUAUACCCUGUAUUUUGUCACUUGUAUCUAGAGAUGCUACAUGCUGGUAACAAACAAGCAGCCAUUCAGUUUUUAAAGUCACAUCAAAAUGAAUUUAAUAACGAAACUGAGAAAGACUUUUUAGAAGAGCUGUCUAGUGUAUUUUCAGUACAAGAUAUUGAACUGAGACCGUUAGUAAAUUCAUUUAGAACUAGAAAAUAUAAGGUGGAUAUGUCUGAUAUUGCUCAUUUGUGUCUUCAGCAGUUUCUUUCAAAGCAUGGACACAUUAUAUUAAUGCAGAUAAUAAAUACACACCUGACAAUAAUUAAAAAAAUGGACGUGCCUGAUACAGACACAGAGGGAUCUGACGAAUCAGGUUUAAGAUGUGAAAUAGGAAUAAAUGGAUAUGUAGAGCAACCAUCAGGUACUGGAGCUGAUCGUGAAAUGCGAGAAUUACAAGAAGCAAUAAGAUUAAUUCGAAAUAAUGCGCAUCAACCUUUACGAAUAUUUGCAGUGAAUAAUGCUAUUGAAAAUGCAAGUAGCGGUAUAAUUCCACCAAAUAUGGACAAAUUAGCAGUAGGAUUUAGCACUACAGAGAUUAGAUUAUGGGGUAUAAAUGAAACAGUAUUAAUUAAGCCAAAGCAUGAAGAACCCUCCUUUUCGUUUGCCUCUGAUAAUCCAUUUUUAGAUAAAUUUUAUGAAGCUGAUGACAGAACGACUGAAGGAGGGGCAGUGAUACUUAGAGGACAUACUGAUAUUGUACAUGAUCUAAGGUUUAUUCCAGAAUCAGAAAUACUACUUUCUGUAUCUAGUGAUAAAGAUAUGAGGGCGUGGAGACUUAAUGAUUACACAUGUGCUGCAAUUUAUAGUGGUCAUAGUUAUCCUAUAUGGUGCAUGGAUCUUAGUGUAUUCAAUUUAUAUGUGGCGACUGGUUCUCAUGAUAGGACUGCCAAAUUAUGGUCAUUAGAUAGAAUAUUUCCAUUACGUAUAUUCGCUGGUCACUUUUUAGACAUAAAUUGUGUAAAAUUUCAUCCAAGCGCUCGAUAUUUAGCGACUGGGUCUGCUGAUAAGACUGUCAGAUUAUGGGACAAAGAUGACGGAAAUUUAUUGAGGGUAUAUAUUGGAGCACAGUCGACGAUUUAUAGCUUAGCCUUUAGUCCGGACGGAAAGUAUUUGGCAGCUGCUGGUGAUGACAAAUCUAUCUCUGUCUGGGAUUUAGCAACCAACGCGUUGUUAACUGAACUUAAAGGCCACGAGGACACGGUUAUGAAUUUAGAUUGGAGUUUCGAUGGUCAAUACAUUGCCAGUGGUAGUCUGGACGGCACUAUUCGUUUAUGGCCUACACACGAUUAUAUUAAAAUUAUCAAUAGUAAUUCAUCAAAUGUAGUACCUGAUAUGGAAUCACCACAAAUAUACUCAACAUAUUGCUCGAGUAUUCUUUCCUUACGUUAUUAUAAUAAGAAUAAUUCGCUCGUGUGUAUCGGAACGGUGGAUAAUUUGUAAUAUAUUAAAUUAAAGCUGAAAAAAAAUUAAAUGCGAUAUAUUUGUA